GCGUGGAUCGCUGUAAACUCGCAGUUCUUGGGAAAGAGACAGCUUGUGCAAUGGCUUGUCUAUCUCAAAGAACUUGGAAAUAGCUUCGGCACGACAAUCAGACGGGAUAGUGUUCCAGUAGAGGAUGCGGUAUUACCAUUACGGGACGUUUGUGGACUAUCGCCUAGAAUGCACACUUUGGAACAUCGAACUUCUGCUAAGAAGCCGGAAAUAUCCUUGCGUAUCAGAUUAAGGCAUGUCCCGGUGGGGAUAUCUGAAAGUUUCAAAGCUUUGCGAACCACCUUCCUAGACAUAAGGAGAACAAUGCGGCGAAGGGGAAGGGACCUUUGCGUCAGCAGUUGGCUUGUCAACCAUCAGUUUGUGACUCCUCCGAAGGGCUGGGGUGUCUGUACUGACUACGUCCCUACCCCUGCGGACUACGGAUUACCCUAUGAAGACUUAACCCUUGAUACAUCUGAUGGUAUCAAGAUUAAAUGUUACUUGAUGGUACAGCGCCGGGCGCUUCCCGGUGAGACUGCAAAGGAAGGAGCAGAUGUAGAUACGGCAGAAGAAGAUCGUAAAUUUGAUAGUAUGCUGGCUUCCGCCCCACCGUCCUCAUGUUCCACGGAAAUGGAGAGGGUAUUAUCAUGUUCAUUUACCGCCUUGAUAAGAUACUCAUUGGACUUUAGAUAUGGUCAAAGCGAGGGCUCUCCUUCUGAACAAGGUUUUAUGAUUGACUCACAGGCGGCUUUGGAUUAC